GGAUGGCGAGCUCUUCUAUUACGCUUUGCUCGCCCUGGAAUUCGAGACCCCUGACCAGGACCAGGAUUCAUGAGCUGGUCGCAGGGGCCGGGGCAGGAGCCUCGGGCUCCCAAAGCUGGCCAAGAGGUGAUGAGUGAGAUUGGAAGAACGCAAGAUUUGAAAAGCGAACGUGGUGAAUGAAAGACCCCGGGGAACAGGCACCACCAUGAACACGAGCAUUCCUUAUCAGCAGAAUCCUUACAAUCCACGGGGCAGCUCCAAUGUCAUCCAGUGCUACCGAUGUGGAGAUACCUGCAAAGGGGAAGUGGUUCGCGUCCACAAUAACCACUUCCACAUCCAAUGCUUCACCUGUCAAGUAUGUGGCUGUGGCCUGGCCCAGUCAGGCUUCUUCUUCAAGAACCAGGAGUACAUCUGCACACAGGACUACCAGCAACUCUAUGGUACCCGCUGUGAUAGCUGCCGGGACUUCAUCACGGGAGAGGUCAUCUCUGCCUUGGGCCGCACCUACCACCCCAAGUGCUUUGUGUGCAGCCUGUGCAGGAAACCUUUCCCCAUUGGAGACAAGGUGACCUUCAGUGGGAAAGAAUGUGUGUGCCAGACGUGCUCCCAGUCCAUGACCAGCAGUAAGCCCAUCAAGAUCCGGAGCGGGAUGAGGAACUGUGCCGGCUGCAAGGAAGAGAUCAAGCAUGGCCAGUCACUGCUGGCCCUGGACAAGCAGUGGCACGUCAGCUGCUUUAAGUGCCAGACCUGCAGUGUCAUCCUCACCGGGGAGUACAUCAGCAAGGAUGGUGUUCCAUACUGCGAGUCCGACUACCACUCCCAGUUUGGCAUUAAGUGUGAGACCUGCGACCGAUACAUCAGCGGCAGGGUCUUGGAGGCAGGAGGGAAGCACUACCAUCCAACCUGUGCCAGAUGCGUACGCUGCCACCAGAUGUUCACUGAAGGAGAGGAGAUGUACCUCACAGGUUCUGAGGUUUGGCAUCCCAUCUGUAAACAGGCAGCCCGGGCAGAGAAGAAGUUAAAGGUAAGCAAACGGACAUCUGAAACCUCCAUCUCACCCCCUGGAUCCAGCAUUGGAUCACCCAACCGAGUCAUCUGCGCUAAAGUGGAUAAUGAGAUCCUUAAUUACAAAGACCUGGCAGCUCUCCCCAAGGUUAAGUCCAUCUACGAGGUACAACGCCCCGACCUCAUUUCCUACGAGCCUCAUUCCCGAUACACGUCCGACGAGAUGCUGGAGAGAUGUGGCUAUGGAGAGUCGCUGGGAACCUUAUCUCCCUACUCUCAGGACAUCUAUGAGAACCUGGACCUCCGGCAGAGACGGGCCUCCAGCCCAGGAUACAUCGACUCCCCCACAUACAGCCGGCAGGGAAUGUCUCCCACCUUCUCCCGCUCACCCCACCACUACUACCGCUCUGGUGAUCUGUCUACAACAACCAAGAGCAAAACAAGUGAAGACAUCAGCCAGGUCUCCAAGUACAGUCCAGCUUAUUCGCCAGACCCCUACUAUGCCACAGAGUCUGAGUACUGGACCUACCAUGGGUCCCCCAAAGUACCCCGGGCAAGAAGGUUCUCAUCUGGAGGAGAGGAGGAUGAUUUUGAACGCAGCAUGCACAAGCUCCAGAGUGGGAUUGGCCGACUGAUUCUGAAAGAGGAGAUGAAAGCCCGGUCGAGCUCCUAUGCAGAUCCCUGGACCCCUCCUCGGAGCUCCACCAGCAGUCGGGAGGCCCUGCACACAGCUGGCUACGACAUGUCUCUCAAUGGUUCCCCUCGGUCACACUACCUAGCUGACAGCGAUCCCCUUAUUUCCAAAUCUGCCUCCCUGCCUGCCUACAGAAGAAAUGGCCUGCACAGGACACCCAGCGCAGACCUCUUCCACUACGACAGCAUGAACGCGGUCAACUGGGGCAUGCGAGAAUACAAGAUCUACCCUUAUGAACUUCUGCUGGUGACCACAAGAGGGAGAAACCGACUGCCCAAGGAUGUAGACAGGACCCGCUUGGAGCGCCACCUGUCCCAGGAAGAGUUCUACCAAGUCUUCGGCAUGACCAUCUCUGAGUUUGAUCGGCUGGCCCUCUGGAAGAGGAAUGAGCUCAAGAAGCAAGCCCGGCUGUUCUAGGCAGAGGCUCUAUAAAUAUAUAUAUGCAUUUCUAUAAAGAUAUCUGUAAAGUCUCAACACGGAAGCUAGGUAUAACCCUCUCUUGUGUAACAGGCCAUGUUGCCUGCCAGAGACUCACUUUCUGUAUUGUCAGGCAAGCUCACAUCAUCAAGAUAUUUUUAUGCUCCUUACUUCCUCUUUUCUAAGUGCUGUUAGACCUGGGAAGGGAUUUGAGGGGACUCUGUCCUUUGACGGAGUAUCCUUUUUAUAUUGAAACAGCUGUCCUUCCUAACUUGAGUCUCCUAAGGUCCAACUCUUGUUCCUAGAUAAGGUGCCUAGAGACGCCUCUUUCUUCUCUGCUUCUCAGCCCUUUGCCCAAGGCCCCAGGGCUGAUGCUGAACUUACUGGCCCCAGCGGGGCCCUCCCACAGGAGGAUCCACAGUGACCUCCCAAACCACUGAGCACCUUGGAGAUCCCAAGAAUUUUCUCAACAUCCCCAGUUAGGAGCUCAGCACUCUCUGCGGAUGACACAGAUGGAAGUGUGAGCCUCAAAUUCACUGGCUACUCCAACAAAGAGAAGCGGCUAGGAGUCCUGGAGCCCUGGCUUCUCCUUAGCUCUUCAUCCCUCCCCCUUCUGCCCUUGACCCCAACCUCUCCUUUAUCCAAAUCCAGAACCCAUGGUAGGAAAAGAAAAAAAGGCACUUCCCUUCCCUUCCAAAUGGCCCCCUUUGCCUGGCCUGGACUUGGAGAAUUAGAGGAAAGGAGAGGGAGCUCGGCAUGGGAGACAGAGCCUGGCACCUGUUGGAAUCUGAGCUGUAGGGACCUCCUGGGACCACCUCUCCUUCACUGCUCCCAACACCUCCCCAACCUUGGUCCUUUCAAGGAGAGGCCCACUACAGCAGUCUGUAUUCUUCAGCCUUAUUACAAUCUAUGUGCCUGACAACUCAACACCACAGGGCUAUGUUCCCACCUUAGCUCCCAUCCAACGACUAGACAAGCUACUCCCACCAUGGUUUAGUAGAAGAGCGGGCCACAUCCAAGAUGAAGGUCAUGGUCCGGGUCUCUGGGCUGGCAAAACAACCAUCCUAGGCCUGGGCCAUCCCUGACCCUACUGAGAGGUAGGGUCUAUUGCUCAAGGAGGCUUCUGAAGGCUGAAUCUUGUGAGAUUCUCAAGUGAAGCAGUGGUCAACACUGCUCAUAGUCAUCCUGUCUUCCCCCAAUGACUUCCUUUUCUGCCUCCUUGCCUUUUAGAACAGGGUGGAAACUUAACCUUCUCUCCUCCCUUCUUCAAAGCUUCAGCCCUGAGUUGGUAAUGUGCAGUGGGGGCUGUUCCUUCAUGGAGAUGCCUUGAGUCAGACCAUUUUGAGAUCUUAUAGGAAGGAUGAAGAUGUAAAAAUGACACUAUGGCUGUGAAGAUGAGUGUGACGUGAUGUGGCCAACGUAGAACUGACAUCAACAAACCUCAUGGAGCACCUGCUGCUGCUGAGCACUUGCUGGAUAUGGGCACUGAAUGGGGGAGUGGGGACACUGGGAUGAGUCAACACAGGCCCUGGGUUCAGAGACAGUCGAUUGAUUCAUCAUGGGUAUCUUAUAGCGGGUACCCAGGCAUGAUGAGUGUAGGGAAGAAAGUGAUUGGAAAAGGCGUGAGUAAGUAUGUGUGUGACAUUAUUGAAAAGGCAUAUGCAGUCUGUGCCAACCAAGGAAAGCUUCUGGGAAGAUACUGCAUUUGAACAAGGUUCAGGAAGGAUCUAUGUAUGCUGGGAAGAGACUGCAUGUUGAAGGGGUGAUAGGGGAAGGAGCAGAGGGGAAGUCCAGUAUACUCACAUUCAAAAUGUCACUCUCCCUGUAACUUCUCUCUUUGGCCAAUGUCAACAACUUCCCUGACCCUUUAGAAAUGUCCCCAGUCAGACACAAUCAUUGAAACUGCCUCAUUAUCACUGAUUGAGAACUUGGCGAGAUUGAAGGGCUUUUGUUAUUGUUGUUGAAUAUUUUUUCCCAUAAAAACACAUCAUUUCAACCCAAA